AUGGAAAGUGGGUUACCCUUAUUUCAGUUUCUCUUGCAGCGUACUCUGAGAACCAUAUGCUCAUUUCCCAAUUCCUCAGGUCCUUCUAAGUGGGUUUACGCUGUCUUCUGGAGGAUAGUACCACGAAACUUUCCUCCACCAAGGUGGGAAUUUGGAGGGACUGCUCUUGAUCGCUCCAAAGGAAAUAAAAGAAACUGGAUCCUUGUCUGGGAAGAUGGGUUCUGUGAUUUUAAUGAAUGUGAACAAGGGAGGAGUGGAUACUUGAACGAUAGGUUUGGAGCUGAAGUAUUCUUCAAAAUGUCUCAUGAGGUUUACAAUUAUGGAGAAGGAUUACUAGGGAAAGUGGCCGCAGAUCAUAGUCACAAAUGGAUUUACAGUGACACUCAUAAUGUAUGUGAACCAAGCUACAUUGCUUCGUGGAAUCCUUCAAUCGAUCAACAGCCAAGGGCGUGGGAGUUUCAGUUCAAUUCAGGUAUUCAGACUAUUGCUGUCAUUGCUGUCAGAGAAGGCUUAGUACAACUGGGUUCAUUUAACAAGAUUGCAGAAGAUCUCAAUUUAGUACUCAGCAUACAAAGGAAAUUCAGCAACCUACAGACCAUACCAGGCGUGUUAUCCAUUCAAAGACCACACCUACCCAAUUUUCACACGAUGGAAAGCAAGGAAAUGGCUCUCUCUGCCUACAACAUGAAUGAAGAAAGAUCCAGUUUUUUUUCCAUGAUAGCCAUAAACUUGGGUAGGAAUCCUCCACAGAAUGGAACAUCAGGGUCACCUCUUUGGUCAGCUUCUUCUUCUUUGCCCAACAUGUCUUGUAGUCUUGGAGCUUUGCUAUCAAAGCUCCCCUCUGUAACUCCAUCCAAUAAUCCCACUCAAGUUCAAGAAACCAAUAGGAUCAACAGCACAGGUCAGAGAGUGAAGCUUGAGGAGUGUGGAUUUCAUAUUGCUGAUGAUGGAGAUCAGAAAGGAAAAGCAAGGUGGUCCUAAACAAAUAAUGUAGUGUUCAAUCUUCAUUCAAAUCUUGACUUG